AUGUUCACUCCAAUUAACACCUCGUUGGGUGCAUUGUUGCUAUUUCAAGGCUCGUCCGGCCUGCUCUUCCAUAACGGUGCUGUCUUCGGCAUUUCAUCUCUGCUGUCUGGCUGUGCGUUCAAUCCCAGUCGGGAUAAUGUUCCCAUCAUCGCGGGCCUGAUCUCAGGCCUGGUGCCGGUCUACUGGUUGGCACCAUCGUUGAUACCGAGCUACCCGACCCAACCGGAUUCAUGGGUCUCGGCUGCCGCAACGAUGGGGGUGGGUUUCUUGCUUGGAUGGGGAACAAAGAAUGGCCGUGGAUGUACAUCGGGACAUAUGCUUUGUGGAAUUUCACGCCUGUCACCACGUUCGUUUAUUGCAACAGCAGUGUUCUUCACAACGGCAUUGUUAACAGCAAAUUUCGUCAAUGGAGGCUCGAAUAUUCCCUCAUGCAACGGGGUGCCAUGCUAUGUACCGGUGUACCCGUCGACGUCGGAGCUGGGGUUCAUGGGCGGUGCAGUCAUGCUGGCAGCAAUCACCAACUUCUUCAUCGUCCCCAAUAUCGAAAAGUCGGAUACAUCGAGAAUUGCCUUUGCCUACGUCGCUGGACUCGAGUUCGGCCUAGGCUUGCUGAUCUCUGGGAUGGCGGACUCGGCCAAAGUGCUCGGCUUUUUCGCCUUUUUGACAGACCCCUCCCGUUUUGACCCAUCGUUGGCGUUGAUUAUCUUGUUCGGGAUUGGACCAUCUUUGUUCGCGUACAUCAAGCAGAAGCCGGGACAAUCAUUGGAGAAGGGGAAACGAAGCGCAGAUCCAACGCUCGCUGAAUCAUGGCGCCUUCCGACGGCGACGGUGGGUGAUAUCGAUUGGCGGUUUGUUGCUGGCGCGGCCGCGUUUGGCGUGGCCUGGGGACUAAGAGGAGUCUGCCCGGGUCCUGCCAUCCUGCGGACGGCUUUGCAACCGGUCUGGGGAUUGGCCACCAUGGGUGGGUAUAUGCUAGGCAAUCUAUUCUAG